UGAAGUGGCUGAACAGGAGUUGGGAAUUCCAGCGCUCUUGGACCCAGAGGAUAUGGUGGCCUUGCGUGUUCCAGACCGUCUCAGCAUUCUGACCUAUGUUUCUCAGCUCUACAACUAUUUCACCAACAAAACCCACGCUGGAGUUCCCCCCUCCAUGAAGAGACCUGCUGGGAUAUCACCAUCAGAACCAUCGAUCAAAAAACCAGUCACUGUGAGCAAACAAGUCCUCUUACCAAAUAGUCAUUCCUCAGAGGAAGUUGCUGAGAGACCUCGCUGGAAUACACUCAGCAGCACGUGUGCAAUUUGCAGCAAACAUGUUCACUUGGUGCAGAGAUACUUGGUGGAUGGGAAACUAUAUCAUCGCAACUGCUUUAGGUGUAAGGAGUGCUCCAGUACUCUGCUCCCUGGAGCCUAUAAACCUGGCUCAGAUUUGGGCACCUUUGUCUGUACGCACCAUCGAGGGCAAGUCACCGGUCGGCUGCAACGUCCUCUGUCCAUUCUACAAUCGCAUCAGGGCUCUGGCUUCUUGCCUGCACAGACACUUUCAUCAGCUAGCCCACAGACAUUGCACCAUUCCCUAGGAAUCACAGAAGGAUCGGAAGACGAUAAAGGCAGCCUGUCAUUAGAGCCAAAAGUAAACGAAGAGGAAGGAGUGGAGCCAUCAAACGCCCAAGAGGGUCUUUCCAUUUCAGUUAAGCAGUUUUCUGCAGCCUUUUCAGUCUCCACUGAGAAGAGCCACCCGAGCACUGGCACAGCAGCAAGACAGCUGGAGCUUUCCAACAGUUCUGAUUUCAAGGGCACAUCAGAGCCUGAAGUGGAAUCUCACCUAACAAAGGGAGCACGAAGAUCAUCAGACUCUCGUGAUCCCAAAGAACAGGCUGAGCAUGAGGUGGGCGAACAGCUGUUAUCAGGACUGGAGCCAAAACUGCAGGAGUCUCAGAACAAGCAGCAGCAAGCAACAAAUAUGGACAUGGGCAAUGCCACAGAGAAUGUGGUGAACAGCAACACCACGGGGACUCCAGCCAGCUAUGUCAGUGAAAGCCAGAACACAAACUUAGCUUCAGUGAACAAAACAACACCUGACGAGAAGCUGAAGCCUCCUGUUCCUGUCCCAAGGAAAACAGUUGACUCUGUAUCAUCACCCAUGGCAACACCACAUCCAGUGCCUCGACCAAGAAUUAGCUUUGGUGGUGGUGGUGGAACAAGUGAAACGUCUGUCCAGAAAUCGGAAAGCAGUUUGCUGGUAAAUGGAGGAGUGACUGAGCAAACUGCACCCGUACCAAAGCCACGUGACCGUCCGCAAUCCUUUACAGAGAGGAAAGGCGAAGACAACAAACCUAAAGACCAUCCUUGGAUGGCAUUGGUGAAUUCUGAAGUAAAGAGAAGACCCGCACCCCCCCGGCCCGGAGCACCCACCAACCCCAGCAGCACUCAGCAAGAGACCACAGAAUCCAUUCCCUUAAAUCCAUUUGAAGUGGAUGAGGAGGAGGAAACAAGCAAUGUGUCUGAGAAAGUGCAGAGUGCAGCACCCAUGGAAACAACUCCCAAAUCAAACCAUCCAUGGUAUGGCAUUCAACCAGCCAACAGUCCUAGGAGCAAGAAGCGGCCUGCACCCCGAGCACCAAACGCAUCCCCUUCAGGUGAGUUGGAUACUGAGUUCCUGAGCUCUCAGCUCACUGUGGGUUCAUGUUGGAUAUGUGUAGAAUGUUUAGAGUGGAUUAUGUUCCUGAAAAGAGAGAUUUUUGCAUACAGAGAUAUCUAGAGUGGCAACAGUA